AUGGUCCUCCCGAACCACCCUAACCCCGCCGCGCCGGUCAUCUCGCACUUUGACCUCACCGGUAAGACGGCCAUAGUCACCGGUGGAACCCGCGGCAUCGGCCUCGAAGUUGCCCGCGGCCUCGCCGAGGCCGGUGCGAAAGUUGCCAUCACCUACACCAGCACGUCCCCCUCGGAAGCCGACGCCACGGCCGCCGCGCUCUCGGAGUCUGCCAACGGCGUGCUUAUCAAAGCGUAUAGGUGCGACGUCCGCAACCGCUCCGAGGUGGAGUCUGUCAUCGAGACAGCGACGAAAGAAGUCGGCAAUGGAAAACUCGACAUCGUCGUGGCCAAUGCCGGCAUUGCGGACCAUAUCCCUGCAAUUGAUUAUCCCGAAGACAGGUUCCGGGAUAUGUUGGAUGUGAACUUCCAUGGUGCUUUUUGGACGGCGCAGGCAGCUGCCAAGAUCUUUGAGAGGCAGUUCAAGGCUGGCAGUGAUGGAAGGGGAAGCAUCAUCUUCACCGCGUCUGUGUCGGCGAUUCUGGUGAAUGUGCCACAGAAGCAAGCCGCGUAUAACGCUAGCAAGGCGGCGGUGGUGCAUCUGGCCAAGUCGUUGUCGGUGGAAUGGGUUGAGUGGACACGGGUCAACUGCAUCUCGCCCGGCUUUAUUGCGACUGAUAUGCUCUCGGUGCAUCCCGAGGAGUGGAGGAAGAAAUGGUUUUCCAUGAUUCCUGGAGGGCGACUCUGCAAACCUGCAGAGUUGAAGGGUUCGUAUGUAUAUCUUGCCAGCAAUGCAAGCAGUUACAUGACUGGUAAGUCCUCAUAUACCGACGGCCUUGUUGAUCGCGUACUGAUUGGAGGAUUCAGGGGCGAAUUUGGUUAUUGA